GUAUAUAUUUUGGCUGAUUUGCUUUGCUGACUGGCUGUCCAGGAAGCGAAUAAUAAAAUUGUGCAGAGUGUGAAGUGCCAAAAUAAAUGGAUACAUUACAUGUUUAUCAGCAUUUUUCCUCAAUCUUAUUUUCAACAUAAAUGGGGCAUCAAUGGUUUGACCUGUGAUGGCGAAGUUGGAUAUUCGCAGUUACGGAAUUUAUUUUAGGGAAUCUAAACUCAGCAACCCUUUAUAAAUUUAGGACAGAUAUGGUUUCAUUAUAUUUCAAUUUCAUUAAACACAGUGACCGGGGAAGCUUGAGGGGACGGAGGGACAAUGUCCCCAGAUGUCCCCACCGCUUCCUGCGGCCACUGAUGAAGCAUAAACUAUAACGUUGGUGUAAUUUCGAAUUAUGAAAAUGAAAAGUCGGUAUUUAAAAAUUCAUGGAAAUUUCUUUCGUACAAAAAUAAGUUUACAAUGAAGGUCUUCAUUCAAUGUAUGUUAUUCUCACCGAUUUUGGCGAAAUUGAAAUUAGUCUCAAUCGAGGGCAAAUUUAAUUAGUAUGAAAUUUGCGAAAGACACGAUCUCCAAAUGGACACGUUUGGCAGAGAUAUUUGCAUCUCAAGAAUGCAUAUUCGCAAGCUCAGGUUGUCUUUGUCUCUCUUGAGUCUUUUUAUUGGUUUGAGAUAUCGAAUCACCGGGAUCUGCCGGUUUUUCUUUCUUGUAAAGUUUGCAAAGUUAACAAAGGAGCUCAACUGUUAAAAAAUAAUUUUAUGCCAAUUUUGCACGAAUUUUUGAGAAUUUUCAAACCUACCUUGAGAAGAAUAACUGUAUUAAAUUAUAGUAACAAGAAGAUCCAUUCCGGUGUUAUCAUGCCAUCAUCAAAUAUAGAAAUUAAAGCAAAACUCUGUCAAGAAGGUGGUCUCGAGCAGGCCGAGAAGAUAGCGGCUGACCUCUCAAAAACUGGCGAAAUUCAUCUCCACCUUAACCAAAAGGACACGUUCUUCACAGUUCCGAACGGUCGGAUGAAGCUGCGCCAAGAAAACGAUAGGAACGUUUUGAUAACAUAUUUCCGAAGCGAUACGGCCGGCCCGAAACAGUCGACUUACUCCAUCGCCCCGGUCGUCGAGGUGGACAAGAUGUUGGAAACGUUAAGCAGGGCGUUGGGGGUGAAGGGGGUGGUGGAAAAGGAUAGGAAAGUGUAUCUCAUCGAGUACGAGAAGCAGCCCAAGCUCACGGCCAGAAUUCAUCUCGAUGCAGUAAAGAAUUUGGGGGAUUAUUUCGAAAUUGAGGUCGUUCUCCCGGAUGACAGUGACGACGCGAUGGCACAACAAGGUCAAGACUUUACUAACGAGCUACUUAAGAAAUUCAAUAUUAAAGAAGACCACCUGAUUCAAGGAGCUUAUCUGGAUUGUCUUGAUAAAUAAGAUAGGUUCCAGAUAACCUGACCAGCAACUUCUCAAAUUGUGAUCUAAUUUCAUACAUUUUCAAUACCUGAAUUAAAUGAAAAAUACAAUCAAAUUCGUGAA